AUGGACAGAGCAUACAAUCAGGUUCUUGCAUUCACAUCUUUAGGUGUAAACCUUGACAAGGAGCUUGCAAAUGCUAAAAAAGAAGUUUACACUUUUAGGAUUCAAGGAGCAUUAUAUCAUCAGAUUGGCAGUCUAAUGCCAAGAUAUAAUGAUGAAAAACUUUUAUUUGCUCAGAUUUAUUUUUUUGAUUCAAAUAUGGAUAAUCAACUUCAAAGAAGACAAGAAAUGUUUAUAUAUUUGAAUAUCGACAUGCUCAAAGCAUUACAGGAUGAACUAAAUAUAAUCAAUCCAUUUGUUAAUCAAUUUGUAACUGCAGGAGUAAAGGCAAAAAUAGAAUCUGAUAAUUCUCAGUAG